UUGCUUGUCACAUUUACUUCAGUAGGGCUAAGAUGGUCGACUCUUUAUCAUUUGUCACCAUGCCUGUCACGUUCUAACAAGUAUGUAAGCGCGAAAGAGACGGGCAUAGUGACAAGUGAUAAAAAUGGAACCAUGCUGCCACUGCAGUAAGGCUAAGAUGGUCGGCUCUUUAUCUUUUGUCACCAUGCCUAUCACGUUCUAACAAAUAUAUAAGCGCGAAAGUGACAGGUAUAGUGACAAGUAUAAUGGAACCAUGCCACCGCUGUUUAUAUACAGUUUUUGUUAAUCCCUUAAUUAAACAUACCCCUGUAGGCAUUACUAAGCAGCAUAACUUCAGUGUCGCCUCUGUCCUCCAACUCUGCGCGCUCAAAAUCUCCCGACCACAUUGCCGCAUGGCGCCGUGAGCCGAGCGCACGUCUUUUAUUUUUAUUUUCUUUUUACGUAGUGCCCAUAAUCCGGUAUAUUAUUUCCUUUUUUUUUACAACAAACUGGUGUGCAAAACGGUGUUGUUUUUGUAGUUUUUUAUGUGUUGUGUUGUGUGUGUGUGAAAAUGAACGGGGUUUUGGAUGGAGAGAUCAUUGACAGACAUUCGGCGUUGGACGUUGGCGUCGGCGGCGACGCACGGGACUCCAAAUUAUGGCAAAACGCAGAUGAAAACAGACUAUCAACAUUCCCCGCCAGUGGCGACCGACAGAACCUGCUCCGGUCUCACGCGGCAAAGAGCGCAGAAUGCGGGGCGGGAGGAUCACCGCGUGUGCGGCGCGCGCCAAGGGAAUCUCGAAGAGUUUCCCUUGCUCAGGCUCCGGGAUAUGUCCAGCUCAAUCAGUACCGGCUGCUUGAACCCAUUGGACAGGGGUCGUAUGGGAUCGUGAAGUUGGCUUACAGCGAGGAGGACGACACGCAUUACGCGAUGAAAAUCCUCUCAAAGCGCAAGCUGAUGCGACGCGCGGGCCUCUUUGGGCGUGCGCCGCCGCGUCGCCCCGGGCCCGGCCCGCCACCGGACCCACUGCAGCGGGUUUAUCGCGAAAUAGCGACACUGAAGAAGUUGGACCAUCCUAAUGUUGUGAAAUUGGUUGAGGUGUUAGAUGACCCUGAGGAAGACCAGCUGUACUUGGUGUUUCAACUGCUGGAAGGCGGGCCGGUGAUCGACAUACCGACAGAUAACCCGCUAAGCGAGGAGCUAGCGAGGAAAUACUUCCGAGAUGCUCUACUAGGGAUCGAGUACUUACACUACCAACGCAUCGCGCACCGCGACAUUAAGCCAGCUAACCUCCUGCUUGGCGACGGCCGGGUGCAAGUGGCUGACCUUGGUGCCUGCGGAGAGUUAGCAGAUGCUGGGCUUGCGGGGGGCGUGGGGACUCCGGCCUUUAGGGCUCCUGAAGCGGCUGCACCAGCUGAUCGGUAUAAUGGGGAGGCGGCAGAUAUCUGGUCGCUAGGCGUAACCCUAUAUGCCAUGGUGACUGGCCGCGUACCCUGGAGCGGCUCGUGCGUCGAGAUAGCUCAACGCGCGCUCACUGUACCAUUGAAGUUUCCAUCACGACCGACGCUUUCUGCGCCGCUCAAGGGACUGCUCUUGCGCAUGUUGGAUAAGGACCCGGCGAGAAGAGCUACGAUGCAUGAGAUUAAGGAACACGGCUGGGUGACAAACAACGGAGCUGAUCCUCUACCCUCGGAACAAGAGAACUGUCGCCUGGUGGAGGUGACAGACGAGGACAUGGAGCGAGUCGUCACUUCCAUCCCCAAUCUGUCCACCCUCAUCCUGAUCAAGACCAUGCUCAAGAAGCACAGCUUCCAGAACCCGUUCCUCCGAAGCCGGGAAGGCAGCACAUCCCGCCGCGAGUCCUCAGAGACCAUCAAGGAGGCUGAAAAGCCGAAACGAGGAGGCCUAGCGCGUUCAGGGCGGUCACUUUCGGCUCCUGGGAACUAUCUUAUGGACAGCCGACAAACAUCGUUUGACAUCGCCCUAGAGUCAGUCCAAGAGUCCCGCGACCAGCCCCAGGACAACGAGACCAAGGACGAGGAAAACAAGAUGGCCGCGCGGUGAUACGACAAGAUGGCGGCACCGCCCGCCCCCUGCGUCCGCGCGCCCGCGCAGCGCGUCAAACAUUAAUGCUGCUUAUUCACUAGGGGACAAAGUAUAAUAUCGCAGGAAGUCGGCUGUGACGUCAGAUGAAAUCAUUGAAAAUUAUUAUUUUACGUUUGUUUUCGUAACGUCGUCGCUGCAAGCAGUGUACGUUUAGUGAGCCGGUCUCAUUGCUUGCAUGGGCCAAAAUGUUACACAUAGUGUAAAAAGUACGUGGGUAAAAAAUGUUGGUGACAAUAUGAUUGUUAAAUGUUUAGACAUUCGAAAUUCUCUUAACAUGUCUGAAACGUCACGUUAAAUUUCAUUUGAUGUCAUUGGCGAUGCGUAGAUAUUCUUGUCCUCUAGUAGAUAAGAUGCUUUAGAAAAGAAACUUAUACAAAAAAAGAGAUUUUUAAUGAUAUAUUCAUGCAUUUUUUGCCUUUAUAGUUUGUAGAUUAAUUUCUAAGUCAAGUUUCUUUAGUUUUUGUACUUAAAGCUAAAGGUGACAUAAAGUGAGGUUAAGCAAUUAGUAAGGGAAGCACGAAGAUGAUAUUUUUUAUAUAUUAUAGUAUAGAAAUAUUGUAAAUAUUUUUAAACAUUAAUAUUUCAUUCCUCGACUAGUCCCAAGGUUUUAAAUGAUAUUGUAAAUAAGGUAUUUUUGCCCUUUUUGACCUUAAAUAAGGACUGCACUUCUUAGAAUUUUCUCUAAACAUAUAAAUUUUAUAUCUUUGGCAGCUAAAAUACAUAAAUAUGUUAAAAAGCCAUUAUUUUUCAUUAUCUAAGUACUUAGAUAUAUAGAUUUAUUUUUAUUGUUAUACAUAAGAUUUGUUGUUAUAUUAUUACGAUUUGUCUUAUUUCACUAUGUACUUACAUAGUUUUUUUUUUAUGUCGACCAUAGCUUCUAUAAUUAUUAGUCUGUCACUUAAUAUAAUUAUAAUAAAAUUGCUCAAUGCAUUAAAUCAUGUACAUACAUACCUUACUUAAAUAAUUAUUAUAUUCAUAAUCAUAAUGUUAAAUGUGUGCGUUAACCCAGCGGGCCUCAGUCAAAACACAAUAUUUUAACUACCUGCCGAAUAAAAUUUGCAAACACAAAUUCUGGUCACUCAAAAUUACACAAUUACAUAAAUGCAAAUUAAAACAAAGCUUUUGAACGUUACGCUUGAAUUGAUUGUUUCUUCAUUAAUUAGAGAUUUACUUCGAUUCGUAAUGCUACGUAAAUAUUAUUCAGUCUUAAGUUACGUGGUUUGCAAUGAAAAUGGAAAAUGUUUGGCCCCUCAAAUAUCAAUAAUUUCAGCGGCGAUUCAAAUAUGAUGUUUAUUACGGCACUUUGUCGGAAUUGCGCAUGUAAUAGCCUUGGAGGUGCAAUCAUCCAUAGGCCCCGAUGACCGAAAAAUUGUCAAAUCAAAGUCAGUGCCAAGCUAUUUUCAUCCGACCAAAGUUUGUAUAUAAUAAUUAAUAACAUUUCAGUAGCACAAAAUAAAUGACUGUCAUAUUUUCUCUUCGUAUCACACUGGUCAGCGUGUGUCACACUACUGGACAAAGUACGAAAUAUCCACAUAAGAGGGAGUUAUAAAGUCGAGCCCAUAAUCGACAACGUUAAAGAACGUCGCCUACCAUGGGAUGGACAUGUACUCCGCCGCCCUGAAGAGCAUAUGGUACGAGUUGCCCUGAACAUACCCACGACAGCGCGAGGCGCCGGAAGACCGCCACCUGAUUAACGACGGUCCAGAAGGAACUAAAAGGGAUAGUAGAUAACACCCUAGCCCAGAACCGGGAACAGUGGAAAAGGCAGACAAGGAUAGCCGACCGUAGACAGUGGGAUAAGGCUUAGGACAAGAAAAAGAUAUUUUCUCUUCUUCCAUUAGAUACAAUACAAGACACUUCAUCUGUUUAAUAACAACAUUCACAUUCGCAUCUCAAAAGCAGUUUCAUUAACAAGACUUCACCGAGCACAGAUCACUUCGACACGAUGGCACAUUUAAAACGACCCACUGUCACCAUAUACGCGACCGCUUAUUUCAGUUCGUCCACGUUUAAAAUCUGUUUUAACGCUUUACUUAAAAGUAAAAGUAAAAACAACCUUAAAAAAGGAAAAAUUAAAUACUAUCCCUUCUAUAUAUGCUAGCAACUGCUAUGUUUGAAGUCGGUGCCAAGCCAAAUCUUUAAUAAAGUUUGAAUUGAUAACCCAUUUUUUUUAAGUACUUAUUUAAAAACUUAAGAAAUAGUCGGUUAGUUACAAUAAUGUAUACUAUUGUAUAAUCUCUUAUAUUAGGUACUAUACAAUAGUAUUAAAUUGUACAGGAUGCAAAUGAUUACUGUACGCUACGGGGCGUAGCAUUUUAAAGGUAAAAUGUCAUCUAUGUUUUUUUUUAUUAUAUAUUAUAGAACAUUAUUACACAAAUUUACUAAGCCCUACAGUAAGCUCAAUAAGGCUUGUGUUGUAGGUACCUAGACAACGAUAUAUGUAAUAUAUUAUAAAUACUUAAAUACAUAUAAACACCCAUGACUCAGAAACAAAUAUCCAUGUUCAUCACACAAAUAUAUGCUCUUACUAGGAUUUGAACCCGGGACCAUCAGCUUCAUAGGCAGGGUCACUACCCACUAGGCCAGACCGGUCGUCAUCUAUGUGUAUCUUGCUUCGUAAAAAUCACAAUGCGGAGUUUGUUUACACGGUGUCAUCGUGACACGUUAUCACGUCAAAUCACCCGUCCCUUUUCAAGUCGUAAAGCAGAAAAGGAAGAAUGUUUUAUAGCCGAUAAAAGUUGAGAUAAAAAUUCCGUCUGAAAAAAGAGAUGCUUCGAGAACAGUAAAACGUGAAGAGUAAAAUAUGUACGAAGAUUCUUAAACAGUGAAGUAAAAACUUAUCUUAUUAUAAGACUAAGAGCGUUUUCAUUAUCCGAUCCGAUAUCGGACCCUACAUCCGCGUAUUCAGACCGCGGCAGCGCCAUCAUUAGCGGUCACGCACACUACAAUAUAUAUUAUGCCUACAUUAUGCACACAAACAAAUAUUAUCGGUCCGGCAGCUGAUGGAGAGCUCCAACAUGUCGGUAGGCACCUAUAAGAAAAACAGCUGCAAGAGAGUACCAUAUAGCAUCAAGUCCGCCUUUUUUCGUUAUCUAUUUUUGGUAAUAAUUAUUUAUUACAUUAACAAAUAAAUACAGAAAAACACAUGACUAACGUUUUACUUUCAUCCGUCAUCCGAUAUCGGAUGGAACAAUGUAAAAUCGCUCUAAUAAUGCUUGUUGUUGCAUCAAGGGUUCAAAUCUUUGAUUGCGUCAGGUAUAUUUGAAACUUAUAUUAUAGCAAGUCGCUGAAGUAAGAUUUUGCUAUAACCCACUUAGUCCUGGGGGAAUGAUAAUAACAAAGUUAAGUACUGUUAAUAUGGACGUACUUGACAUAUCUGAGCGAACACUUUUUCAUUAUUUUCUAUGCAUGUAAGGGACAGGUAGGUGCAGCUCCCCCCCCCCCCCCCCCGGAACUCAAAUAAGCCGUCUGAUAUGAUUUCAUAUGUCUGCGAGGUCAAAAUCAUAGGUACGAACUUCGGUUGUGUCAGCACAACCUAUACAUAUAAAGCAGAAAAAUCUUUCUCGAAAAAAUUGUAAAACUAUGUCAAAAAUUGUAUCAAGAUCCUUAUCACACACAGACAAAAAGUUCAACCGUAAAAUUAGUUUGUUUUAAAUGAGUACAAAGUACGUCUUAUAUCACCUUAAAAUUGAUGAAUAUAACAUCUAACUAAGGACAAUGAAAAUUUAACCUGAACAACAACGAAAGGAACUUAGAAACUUGUCUUAUGUAACCUAAUGAGUAUCCACUUUAACCCCCUUAUUUCUUUUUUACUGCUCUUUUUUGUUUACUAUGCCUUUGAGCAGUCUCCCGAAAGUAAUCAUGAAACUGGUCCGCUACGCUAACGCACACAAAAACUUAUACAGUUAAUGAAGAAAAGAAAGGGAAUAAAAGCAUUUUCUCUUUUUGUUUGAAGAUACUUACAAAAGCGCCACAGUAUAUUUAUGAAAACAGUAAGUUCAUCAUUUUCGGCCCAUCUCCAUUCUUCCUUUUCUCUCGAAAAUUCUUGAGGCAGCAGCUCAUAAACAGAUUUCCAAAUUUAUACACGGUAACAACCUGCUUUCUUCGUUUCAAUCGGGAUUUAGAUCAGGGCACAGCACCACCACCGCACUUCUCAAUGUUGUUGAAGAUGUCAGAAAUGGCAUGGAGAAUUCCAGAGUAACGGUGUUGGUGCUUAUCGAUUUCUCCAACGCUUUUAAUGCGGUUGAUCAUGACCUACUUGUUGCGACUCUUACACAUCUGAGGGUCUCAUCAAAAGCGACUGAGUGGUUCGCGUCUUACCUUUCUGACCGCGUUCAGGCUGUUAAAGCCAGUGGAUGCUUAUCUGCUUGGUGUGACCUGAACACGGGAGUACCACAAGGUGGGAUCCUUUCUCCUCUUUUAUUCUCAAUCUUUAUUGACCAAAUCACCUCCAAAAUCCGCAGCUCUUACCAUUGAUAUGCAGAUGAUUUGCAACUUUACGCCCAUGCUUCUGUGGAAAACGUAAAUUCUGCUGUUUCCCUCAUCAAUGACGAUCUAGUUUACAUAGCUGAAUGGUCCAAUAGCUUUGGCAUCAGUGUCAAUCCGGCAAAAUGUCAGGCUAUUAUUCUGGGUACCCAUCAUCAACAAGUAAAGCUUGGUGCGGUUUCUGUCGCGCCGAUUUUGUUUGAUGGCACUGUUAUUCCAGUUACUAAACAAGUGAAAGAUCUCGGCCUUGUAUUAGAUUCUAGCCUUACCUGGAAUGACCAAGUCUCUGAAAUAAGUCGGAAAGUUUCAGGAACAUUGCGUUAUCUCUAUAAAUUUAAGAAUUUUCUCCCAGUAGGUACUAAGAAAUUACUUGUGCAGACUCUAAUUUUGCCAGUUAUUGACUAUGCGGACGCGUGCACGACUAAUAUCUCUCAGGAGUACCUCAAUAAGCUAGACCGUCUUAUGAAUAAUGGCAUACGUUUCAUUUUCGGACUUCGCAAAUACGACCAUGUUUCUUUUUAUCGCCGUCAGCUAAAUUGGCUCUCCAUCCGUCGUCGUAGGUCCCUUAGAAUCCUGAGUAUUUUAUUCUCCAUUUUGUUCGAGCCUUCCUCCCCUGGUUAUCUUAAACGUAAAUUCACUUUCAUCACCCCCCGUCCAGGAUGUGAACUCCGUUCCUCCCGUUCUCUCAAACUCUCGAUUCCUUCACACCGUACUGGUUUUAUGUCUAACUCUUUCGCCGUUGAGGCAAUCCGUCUCUGGAAUUCCCUCCCUCUCUUUAUUCGACAAGCCCCAAGCAAACCCGUUUUCAAACGACUACUUCGCAAGCAUCUUCUGUCAGAAGAACUUAAAUAAGGUUCACCAUCAUGUAUAUGUACAUAAUUAUAUGUAUUAGUCUAUCUUUUAUACAUUAUAUAAGUAGUAGUAUUUAACUAUUUAUAUAUUUUUGAUAUUAUUUGACUUCACGUUUAAUUUUUUCCUUAUUAUUUGUUAUUAUUUUUUCCUGCACCAACAUACACAAAUGUCUCUGUUUGACCCAAUGGUUGACUGGUAGAGAAUGCCUUUUGGCAUUAAGUUCGCCAUUUGUACAUUUUUCUUUAUGUGUGCAAUAAAGUUUAAAUAAAUAAAUAAGUAUACUUAAAAAAUACUCUAUUAGAGACCCUUUAAAAGCCUGUGCACUCCUUUUUUGAAGAACCCCAUACUGUAUACCCUCGGGAAAAACCUCGACAGGGAGCUCAUUCCACAGCCGGAGCGUACGCUGGAGGAAAUUCUGGGAAAACCUCGACAGGGAGCUCAUUCCACAGCCGGAGCGUACGCGGGAGGAAAUUCCACUCAAACCGCACAGUGCGCGACCAUUUAGGCUCUAGGGUAUGAGGAUGAACACCCUGCCGACAUGCUGGAUAAUUCUUUUAAACUAAGUUAUUUUUCAAUUCACAGUUUAUCAAUCUAUAGUAUCACCUACUUUUGGCAUGAAAAUCCGAAAAACUUUAAUAAUUACAACCAAAAAUAAAGCAAGAAUGGCUGACCACUGGUGCAUGGCCGAGCACUGGUGCCUUUACCCUAUAUCUAUAGAGAAGUUUAAAUAAAAUAAGACGCUCUCGAUAGCUGCUUACUGCAACAAAGUAGAGGCGAUAAAAAAUAAUCUUGGUUUUUUGAAACCAGUCAGUUUAAUUUAUAAAUUCGUGUAAUCCAUAAACAAAACCUUUUCAGGAUUUUGACGGUCACUUUAGCAUUGAUCCCAUUCAAGCAACGCUGGGCAGCAUUC